UUCGGCGCGCCUGCCUCGUGUCCGUCCCCCGCCCAUCCCUUCCUGUCCUUCAGUCUGUCCGCUAGGGGCGCGCGCAGUGCGCAGCAGACGGCUGGCGGCUACGGUGGCUGAGCGCGGGUCGCGUGGCGGAGCGUGGUUGCUAGGGACACCUGAAGUUGCCCGCUCGUCCAGCAGGCGCAGCGAGGUAGCAGCGCGGAGCCGGUCCUAGCCGAGGUGAAGCAGGGGUACCCUAGAAUACUGCAGCUGUGAGGCCCAGCACUGAAAGUGACUAAUUGCUAAGCACUGAAUGUGGUGAACUGCUGACCAGGACUCUGCUUGGCCGGAGCUCCUGUGAGGUGGUAGCUGCUAAUGCAGCGUGGCUGGGAAGAGGAAGAGUACCCUGGAGACUCCUGGAAAACUUCACUCAAGUAAUGCGGGUUUUUGUUUGAAACAUCAAACAAUGCAGGCUGACGAAUUCAAGGAUGCAGCUGGUGCUAGAGGUGUGUGGCACCUUACCUGAGCCAGGCGCUGAGGCCAUGUUGCCAUGAUGUGGGCCCCUCAUGGCCUCAGCAGGAACAGAGCACUACAAUAUUGGCCUGCGCCGACGAAACAGCUUCAAGCAGAGACGUCCCUCAGGCACAGUGUCUGCUUUACUACCUGAGAAACCCUCGGAAGCCAAAGUCUGGUCUCAGACCCAUCAACAGGUGAAGCCAAUCUGGAAACUGGAAAGGAAGCACAUAGGCACACUGUCAGCAGGGCUGGGCACCAGUCUCUUGGGAGUCCCACCCCAGCCAGCCUAUUUCUUUUGUCCUAGCACUUUAUGUAGCCCUGGGACUACAGCUGUCAUUGCAGGCCACAGCAAUCCCUGUUACUUGCAAUCUCUCCCUGACUUGUUCAGCAAUACUCUGCUGUACCGCCGCACCAACGUGAGGCACAAACCAUACCAGCAACUGGAAUCUUUCUGCUCGCGUUCCAGCCCAUCAGAGAAAAGAUCUUUUUCUCUCUUUCAGAAGGGUCUCCCUGUCAGUGUCACUGCCAAUAAAGCCACAUCUUCUACAGUUUUCCCCAUGGCUCAGCCCAUGGCAUCUUCACCCACUGAUCCAUACCUUUCACUGGCAGCAGCUGGGGAAAAUCCUUCAAGGAAGAGCCUGUCCUCUGCCAUCUCAGGGAAGAUUGCAUCUCCACUGUCUUCCUACAAGCCCAUGCUGAACAACAACUCCUUCAUGAGGCCAAAUAGCACUAAAGUGCCCUUAUUACAAGCCACAGAUGGCCUGAAGCCAUUAUCCUCACCCAAGAUCCAGCCUGUCUCUUGGCAUCACUUAGGGGGUAUUGGAGACUGUAUACCCCAGCCUGGUGACCAUAAGGUGCCCCAAAGCAUUGGCACUGUCUUAGAUGAUACCACUGCCCCUGACACCCCAUCUACCCCUAGCACCCUCAACAUAUCCACAGCCAGUGUUACCUCUUCCCAGUGCAGUCAGAGUAACUUUAGGAUGGAGGCACAUGCCUGUGGCCUGGAUGAAAACCUGGAUUCCCAGAGUGCUACUAAAGAGGUACACUUCACUGAGGCUGUGAGGAAAUUGACUGCAAAAGGCUUUGAGAAGAUGCCACGGCAAGGCUACCAGUUUGAACAGGCUUGUUUUGUGAACCCCAGCUUCCAGUGGGGUCUUCUCAACAGAAGCAGGCGGUGGAAACCUCUGAUGGGCCAGCGGUUUCCUCAGGAGGAUAUUGGAUUAGACAGUGAGAUCCUCCCUGGUGCCUCAGACACCUUAGGGUUGGACAGUACAGUCUUUUGUACCAAAAGGAUCAGCAUUCACCUCCUUGCCUCACAUGUUCAUGGGCUCAGCCCCAGCCCUACCUGUGGGUCUGCAAUUGACCCCCAAUUAUUUGGAGAAGACAGAGCUCCUGUUCCCCCUUCUUCCCUCCAGCCUCUUGGUGUAACUGAAGUGGCCACUCGCCUUUCUUCUGUCCAUCUUGGCCAGCCUGAGAAGGAGCCUGAGGAAGCCAAGGAGCUGAACUCAUGUGCUAGAGGUAGUUGUUCAGCUACUGACCUCCGGCCAAACCAGGUGGAGCUUGAAGAUUCAGAAGAUGAACUAGGAGAUGGUUUGGAAGAUAGCUGCAGCCAUGAUGAAAAUGAAGAAGAGGAGGGAGACUCAGAGUGCUCUUCCUUAAGUAUUGUCUCCCCCAGUGAGUCGGUGGCAAUAAUAUCUCGGAACUGUGUGGAUUUCAUGUCCAAAUCCCUUCCCAAUCAUGAGAAAGUUGUACGACCAGCCCUCAUCUACAGUCUGUUCCCCAAUGUAUCCCCUACCAUCUAUUUUGGAACUCGGGAUGAAAGAGUAGAGAAACUUCCAUGGGAACAGAGGAAGCUGCUCCGGUGGAAGAUGAGCACAGUGACCCCCAAUAUUGUCAAGCAGACCAUUGGACGGUCACACUUCAAAAUCAGCAAGAGGAAUGAUGACUGGCUGGGCUGCUGGGGUCACCACAUGAAGUCUCCUGGUUUUCGAUCCAUUAGAGAGCAUCAGAAGCUAAAUCACUUCCCAGGCUCCUUCCAGAUUGGGAGGAAAGACCGGCUGUGGCGGAACCUGUCUCGGAUGCAGAGCCGUUUUGGCAAGAAAGAGUUCAGUUUCUUCCCCCAGUCUUUUAUCCUGCCCCAGGAUGCCAAGCUCCUGCGCAAAGCCUGGGAGAGCAGCAGCCGUCAGAAGUGGAUUGUGAAGCCACCAGCAUCUGCUCGAGGCAUUGGCAUUCAGGUCAUUCACAAGUGGAGUCAGCUCCCCAAGCGCAGGCCCCUCCUGGUACAGAGGUAUCUACACAAACCCUACCUCAUUAGUGGCAGCAAAUUUGAUCUUCGGAUCUACGUUUAUGUUACUUCUUAUGAUCCUCUACGGAUUUACCUCUUUUCGGAUGGACUCGUCCGCUUUGCCAGUUGCAAGUAUUCCCCUUCCAUGAAGAGUCUUAGCAACAAGUUCAUGCACCUGACCAACUACAGUGUCAAUAAAAAGAAUGCGGAGUACCAGGCCAAUGCUGAUGAGACAGCUUGCCAGGGCCACAAAUGGGCACUGAAGGCUUUGUGGAAUUAUCUGAGCCAGAAGGGAAUUAAUAGUGAUGCUAUCUGGGAGAAGAUAAAGGAUGUUGUUGUCAAAACCAUCAUCUCGUCAGAGCCUUAUGUGACCAACCUACUGAAGUUGUAUGUGCGGCGCCCCUACAGCUGUCAUGAACUCUUUGGUUUUGACAUCAUGCUGGAUGAGAACCUAAAGCCCUGGGUCCUAGAAGUCAACAUUUCCCCAAGCCUCCAUUCCAAUUCUCCCCUGGACAUCAGCAUCAAAGGUCAGAUGAUUCGAGAUCUUCUAAACCUGGCAGGCUUUGUUCUGCCCAACAUGGAGGAUAUCCUCUCCAGUUCCAGCAGCCCCAGCAGCACCACCGGCUCAAGCACCAGCCUGCCAAGCUCUCCUAGGGACAAAUGUCAAAUGACUCCAGAGCAUUUUACUGCACAAAAGAUGAAGAAAGCCUAUUACCUGACACAGAAAAUUCCCGACCAGGACUUCUAUGCAUCCGUGCUGGAUGUCUUGACACCAGAUGAUGUUCGGGUUCUGGUCGAGAUGGAAGAUGAGUUUUCUCGUCGUGGUCAAUUUGAAAGAAUUUUUCCUUCUCGAAUCUCUUCUCGUUAUCUUCGUUUUUUUGAGCAGCCACGAUAUUUCAACAUUCUCACCACCCAGUGGGAACAGAAGUACCAUGGAAACAAGCUCAAAGGAGUGGAUCUGCUCCGGAAUUGGUGCUACAAAGGCUUCCACACGGGGAUCGUCUCUGACUCAGCUCCUCUGUGGUCUCUGCCAGCAUCGCUCAUGCCUGGCUCAAAGGGUGAUGGGACACCCAGUGCCAUCAGCAAAUCAGAACACAUCAAAUCAAGAAAGCAAAGCUGCUCCGAGGGAAACAUGCUGUCUGAAGAUGGGACAACACCCAAGCCCAAGAAGAGUCAAACUGGCCUUUCCCCCAUAUCCAGGAAGACUUCAUCCUCAAAGAACAAUGAGAACACCAGCAAAGAGGCCAACCACUCUACCCAGGUGUUACCUGUACUCAAGUACUCUGGGCAGAGUUCCAAACUUUCUGUUUCCUCCACUUUGCAGUCAGCCAGUGACUCCCUCCUGACUGCUGUGAGCCCAUGACUGCUCUGCGCAGGAGCACUCAGCUACCUCAAGUGAACCAACCUCUUGAUCAGCCUGAGCCUCUACCCCCCUCCACUUUGCCCCUCAUCAGAGUAUUUUUUUGAAGUGGUUCUAUUGUAGAUAUGGGCAUCUGGAGGGCUGGAAGGGUGGUGGUAAUGGGGAGAAGGUGAGGAAGGUUCCACCCUCUAUCACCUCACUGCCUGGCUGGCACCUAUUAUCUCAGUAGAGAAGCCAGUGAUGGCCAAGCAGCCUUAUAAAGCAGGGUUUGGUUUCUACUCUGAGAGCCAUGUGUGAUUUAUUUGAGACCCUGGUGCAGGGCUUGAGUUGUUGCUCAAGAGGAGAAAAUGUGCUAAACACACAGAAAUCUCUUGUUCUGUAAUUGAGAGGAAUUCCUGGAAGGUCCUGAUUUCCUUAAGUCUUUUGUCCCCUGCAUGUACUUGUCUUAAAGAGCCAUUUUUAGAAACCUCCAGUCUUCUUCAAAGAUAAGUGGGGGAAAUCAUGACAGGCUGCACCCAUUUCCUGGGAUCCUAGUCUUGGGGUGACCUCCAUAACAUAUCUUCUGUGACUCUCCUAGGACUCCGGUUAUGUAGAGGAGGGUAGAAUGAGUUGUUUCCCCUCAAUACAGGAAGUCUUAUAGUCUGUUUUGCUUUGAGCAGGGUUGAUGCCUUGGCAGGUGGGUUUUUAGCACAAUCAUUCUUGUAGGGCAGACGUCUCAUCUCUGACAGUUAAUACUCAGCUAAAUCUACCUCCCUUCUGGACUCAGUGAACACUGAGCAUUGAACAAGCCCUGAGUUAACUGUGCAUACAGCUCUCCAAGCACACUGGCCCCUGAAGCACUGCUGUCCUCCCCAGUGUGGGGUGGGAGAGUCCUUCUUAGCCUAGCACUCCCCCCCCCCGCCUCUCUGACCUGUUCUAGUUUGUCGAGCAGUGGGGCAUAUCAGAAGCCAACUGGCCCUAUGUCUGAUAAACAGGCUUUGCCCUUUGUACAACAGGCUGGAAGUCCAGCAACUCAGUCUCACCCUGGUCUCGUCCUCAUUCUUCUGAGCUUUGGAAAGAGGGAGACUUUGCUCAUGGCUCCCAGAAUCCUGUGGCCAAUUAGCAUGGAGCCUGGAAAGAGAUCUGACUGGGUUCAAGGUCACAGAGAGUAGGUAGGCGUGACAGUCAGUCCUAAGGCUGUGUUGACAGUUGUGAAGAAAGCUGGAUAGCAAAGUUCUAAGCAGUACUUUCUGUUUCAAUGAUAAAAGGCUUCAAGGUCAGUCCCCAGUGGGAGGGAGAGUCCAUGGCCAAUAGCCCACACCCUCUUGUCCUCUUGGUUACAGUAUUCUAGUGCACAUGUGACAAAGGGACAUAGUCUGCUCAAGAGAAAACAGGCCUUUACUCAACAUUAUGCCUAAUGCAUGUCUUUGGUGCAGAGGCCUGUUUAAGCCAGCUUUCUCCUUCAAAGUGGACUUAAUUCUUUGGCAUGCCUGAGGAUCCCCAUCACAGUCAGUUUCCAACCCUGCAACUGCAGAGAAGGACCAGAACUGCAGCAGUCUGGGGUCCACCAGAGGGAGGGACCUGGGGACCCCUCAAUGAGAGCUGUACACUGGCAGUUUCUGUUUUGUGUUCUGAGGUGAGACCUCACUUUGUGACCCAGGCCUGCCUCGUAAGUGCUAUGACCUGCAUGUGUUGUUGGGCCCAGCCACACACUGUAUUUACUGAAUCUUCAUUACAUUUGAAACUGGUGGCUCUGUUUUGUUAGUGGGAGUUACCUCUCAUUCCCAAGAGAGUGAGAUUUUGAUAAAUUAUUUUACUGCAUAUUUUAGCACUGGCUAGUCAACAAUAGAGAGCAUUCAAUUGAAUGAGGGAUUUUUAAAGUAGUGGAUUUUGAAAGUUUUAAAUUUGGAAGUGUAGUUGGAUACAUAUUUAUUAGACUGCAUCUGUUGUUUUCCCAAGUUAAGAACUUACCCAGCCUCUAGAAGAACGGAAGCAAAGGCUCCUGAGACAAGGAGUGAAAUACAGUCUUUUUCAUUAUAGCAUGAACAGGAGACCUACCCUGCAGAGUGGUGAAAAUCUAAACCAAACAAAAGGACUGGGGACUGUUCUGUGCAAGAAACAUAAAAAUCUUCCCUUGAAGUGGCAUGGUGGCUCUUGUCCUUAAUCCCAGCAUUUAGUAAGUAGAGACAAGCCAAUAAACCUUUCCUUGAAGGAUGGGGAACAGCUACAAAGAUGUCCCAGAAGAGGCCAGAACAGUGUGUAGACACCUCACUACCCUUUACCUAGUGUUCACCAAGCACAAUUUUCACUAUUCCUUUGAAUGUUAGCAUUCCAGCAGGAAUCUCUUGUCUGGUUUCACCUUUACAGCAUGCAAGUGUCCCACAGAGGGGAGCAUUAUGCAUUAUGAAUAUGUGUGUGAAUUGGUGAUUUGGUUAUCCCAAGAACUGUGAUUGGCAAAGAAUAACAAGAGUGAGUGCAUUCCUGGUGUCUAAAGACAAACAGUACAGAAGACAGAUCCUGAGUCAAGUAGGAGGCAGAGGCCUGCUGUGUAGACUUAGCAGCUGUACCAGGGGAUGAUGUCACUUCAGGUCCACACUCAGGGUGGCAGCUGUUUUGCUGAAAAUGACUUCCUGUCACCAUAGCCAAAGAACAUUCUUGGCGGCUUCUGUAGCAGUUCAGCACUGUUGAGGGCCAGUGAAGAAGGUUAAUGCACACACAGCAAUUUCCACGCUCUUCAGCUGAAUUAGUUACCUGGAAUAAGAUGAUGGUCAAAGGCUACUAGAGAGCGUUCCCGUUGGCUUCUUGCUAGUACUGAAAGCUCUCUCUGAUUACUGCUCCACUGUGUAGUUUGCUUUGGGUCUGGAAAUGAUGGAUUUAGAGAGUUGUAUCUUGUCAGUUGAGGCAGCCUCUGCAGCAAUGCUUACUUAGCCUUAAACAUUCCUCUAAUACCUGAGGACCUGUGUGGAUUCCUUUGACCUCUCUCCAACAGCUUCAGGUCAGUGAGAGUAGCAAACAGUCUUAAAUUAGUCUUAGUGGAUUUCUUAUGUGACUGAGAUACCACAGUGGGAUUAAUAGUGCAGCAUUCUAAGACCCAUUUGUGCCUUAACAAUCAGAGUGUGCUGAGAUUUGGAAUACCACAGGAGAAGUCAAUCUUUGAAAUGCUUUCAUAUCUUCUAAAUUUCAGUUUAGUUACCAGGUAUCAAUUCCUUAGAUGUAGCUAUGGGGAUUAAAUUGGGUGUAAGACAUCUAAAACAAAACAAACAGAAACACACACCUCACAGUGCAGAUUUCAAAAAAAAAAUCCUAAAAUAUCAAAAUGAUUACCAAAUUGCUUCCCUCUUAGAGUAGCAGUAUCAGAACCAGGGGUUUCAGGGUAGAGCUGUGUCAGCUCAGCAAUUGUUCUCAGGCCUGUGGUGGCUGUGUCUGACAGGACCCAACUUGUUAUAUUGGUGUUCCUAAACGGUACAACUAUUUGUGUAGCACUUCCAUUGUAUGGGUAUGAUAGUUUAAUCUAGACUCCAUUUGAAGUCCAUCAGAGGAUGUGUACAGGUUAAAUUUGGCAAGUGUUACUCCGUUUACCUAAGGGAUUGAAACAUCUGUGUGCUUUAAUAUCUGGGAAGUCCUAGAACCAACCCUCACAUUGACUGGAGAACUGUGCUUUUGAUUCUGCCCAUGGGAGAUUAGAGCUGUGGAUUUGAUCAAGAUAAUUAGUUUGAAAGUUUAGAACCCUAUCAGCUGCCAGAGGCACAAGUUAAACUUACACUAAUAGGCUUAAAGUUUGAAAUUCCCAGGUCUGGAAAUGCACAGUCAUUGGUGAAAUGCCUGUAUUGUUGGCAAGGAUACACAGGCCCAUUGACUGACAGUUUGGUAGUUUAAAAAGUAGAGCAGCCUGUGUGGCCAGCAAUUACUGAAAGAACAAAUUAGUGUAUCUGUUCAGUAUACACUGUUUAGACAUAAGAGGAAAAGUUGGGAUAAGUGAAAGAAGUCAUAAACAGGUGUGUGCUCCUUCUGAUUCUAUUCUAGAAAUGGACAUGCUCAUCAUAGAAGGCAGGGAUUGCUGAGGAUUGCUUAUAGAUGAUGGGGGGAGUGGGAGAUUGACUGUAAAGAGGCACAUUGGAAAUUGUCUUAAGUGUGGUUACCAUAACAACUACAUAUAGUUGGAAGACCUCAAAAUUGUACAUUUGAAAUGAGUAUAUAUGUAAAUAAAUAAAGCUGAUUUUCUUCCCUUUU